AUGAAGUCGUUCUUGGUUGCUGUUAGCUCCGCUGCUAUUCUCCUGACCUCGGCCAGCGCUCUUCCUACAACCCACUUACCACGCCAGGACGACAGCUGUUUUAUUCGGAUAAAGAAUGGCGAUGGUGAUGCUUCCGUUGGUGUCAGUAUCUUGGCCAAUGCCCUUUUUUCCACCAUCAACAAUCGGCAAGUCAAUGCCGGUGUGAACGCACAAGCCGUCACAUCUGGAUGCAUAUGCCAAGCGUUCAGCGAUGCUGCCGGUACGCUCAAGCUUGGAGGUAUCUUUGAUGACCACACACUGGCUAGUUUCACCGACGCAUCCAGUGGAGAGGUUGACUCAACAGCUGAUCAAGCUGUUCCAAUUGGCUCUUUCUGCUGUGUUACUACGCCGAACACAGAGCCAGUCUGCUCCCGCUCCGGGACUUGGACGCCACCUCCGCCGCCUCCUCCAACCCGGACUGUGCGUGUCCAAAUCAACUCGGUAGAUGAUUCAGCCGUGCAAAUUGAAGUUCCAGCAGAUGGUUCGCCAUUCGCUACCUCUUUCAACAUUGCCAACGCUGUAGAGAUUGUUGAUAUUGAAGGCUCGAAUCAAGGUACCUGUCAGGCGUUCUCCGACGAAGCCGGCACUAUUGCAGUUGGAAGUCCCUUUGGAACCGAUCUGGUAUUCCUGAACGGCGGAGCUGCUGCUAGCAUACUCUCUCUUCGUUGCAAUUUAUCAUCCUAA